GAAUGGCAAACUCCAGGAGAAAAUCGGAAAUUCCCACGGAGUAACCAUGACCACUUGUUGCCUAGGAAACGCUGAAGAAAAACAUAAACAAAAGAUGAUGGACUGGGCCGAAGAACUCAAGAUGACCAUCAGAAAGACGACGGCCAGGAAGGGUCGUCGCUCCAAGAGUCGUGAUGUGUUGAAGGAGGAGCCUGCACAGGUGGCUGCAGGCUCAAAGGAUAUUUCCAUUGACAUCACUCUGAAUGUUCAGGCAGGAACCCCGCCCACAACUUCGGAUACGGCCACUUCGUCCACGUACAACAAUGAAUUCGAAUCGCAUCGUCCACCCAUUCGUCGUAUUUCGGGGGGUUGGGCGGAUUCUGGUCUAAAGGGAUUAAAGUCAAAGAAGAAUUCCUUCGAUGACGAACGUUUUAGGCAAACGAAGUCGGCGACAAACUCUAUUCCAACGGAUGACAUUCCCGUGAUCCCUGAUAUGGAUGAUGUUAAGGAUGAAAUUAUGCUUAAUGAGAUAGUAGAACCGCCUACUAUUGGCACAUCUCGUUCUGCAGUUCUAAAGGAAGCCAAUUCCGAUUUGCUUUCUCAGUAUGCCUUUUCAGCUGUGGACGGUUUUGAUCUCUCAAUCCUUACCGAUUGCCUAGUUCCACAGGAGAGUCUCAAUGAAAAGGAUGAACUCUGGCAGUGGGACAAACUAUUUACAGAAGUCACAGCUGAAAUCCAUUCGGAUAAGGUGCCCAAUAUUGGCAUGAAGAUAGGACCUGAUGUAGUGCCGCCCACACAAUAUUCUUAAGAUAUUUAACUUACAAUUUCAGUGCAAUACGAAUACUCAUUUUAAAUUUUAAGGGAAUACAAACAUUUUCUUGCCUUAAAAGAUCACAAAAUAUACAUAACAGAGAUACUCAA